UUGUUUACAUAGUCAUGUCGAAACAGAACGUUUAAAACAGCCUUAUCGAGGCCUUUAAAGGAUUUGUAUAAGCUGUACUGUUUUUGUUGUUUUUGUAAAAUUAAAGUCUCUUAUCUUAGCUCCAUUUAAAGCGCAAUAACAUCUGGCAAUAGGAUCAUUUUGUGUUAAUCCUGAAUAACUCUCAGACGUGGUCUGUAUAACAAAACUGUUAAAGUUUAGAAAUCAAUCGUCAAUUAGAGUUAAAACAAGCAUAUGUUAAUGAAUGCGGGACUUCCUUACUUCAUAGAACCUUUGUGUGAAACAGAAUCCGUGUAUCAGUGGUAUGCCCGGAAAGUUUAAGGUAUGUCGACCAUAGACUCCGUGCGGCAAAUUGGCAUAAUUGGGACUGGAGACUUUGCGCGAGCACUCGCUAAGAGGCUUUAUUUCUCCGGAUAUGACGUCAUCAUGGGCAGCAGAAAACCGGAAACAAAGAUGUUGUCCGCCAUUGACGAAUGUUUAUGCAAUGUAAGCUUAACAACGACGGAAGAGUGUGUCAAAUCUGUCUCAAUACUUUUUCUUGCUGUACAUGUUGAGAACUUCAAAGACUUGGUUCAUGGCAACGAAGAGAGUUUUGACGGCAAGAUCCUGAUAGAUGUGUCGAAUAGAGACAGGCCAAAUACAGUGCACUCAAAUGCAGAAUACCUACAGACACUUGUUCCAAAUGCAACCAUUGUUAAGGCGUUUAACGUUAUUUCUGCGUAUGCCAUGGAGAAUGAUUACAACACAAGUAGUCGACAGGUUUUCAUUGCAAGCAACAGCGGAAACGCCAGGUCCGUCGUAUCAAACGUAGCUAAAGACAUGAACUUCCGGCCGGUGGAUUUUGGGGGACUAUUUGCAGCAAGGCGCAUUGAAAAUCAUCCUCUGCGUCUUUUUCCUGACUGGCGCGGACCUCUGGGAUUCGCUUUGGCUGUCUUCAACAUCUGGCUUCUAUUCCUUAUCUAUAUUUAUUACAUUUCAGCCUCCGUUUACAAAUGGGAGCAAAUCUUUGUGAAAGUGUUGAACAAAGCUAUAUGUAUGACGGGCAUCACGACCCUUGCCGUGACUUAUCUUGCCAGCAGUUUUGCCACAAUAUUCCAAAUUCAUUAUGGAACAAAGCACAUCCGGUUUUCAAGAUGGCUAGACAAAUGGUUGAAAACCCGGAAACAGCUUGGACUAGUGUCGUUCACUUUGAUAUCAAUGCAUGUUGUGAUGUCAGUUCUUAUAAUGUCUCCGACGUACCUUCGCUCAUGGUUCCAUUCCACUGCCAUAACGAUUCCAGCGCAUCUGAACGAGUCUUUUAAAUUCGACCAAAUUACUUGGAUGACGUGGAAAGGAGAGGCGGCCUGUCUGUCGGGAAUACUCGCGUACAUCGUUCUCUGCUUUAUCUGCGCGUCCACGUUUCCCUCCGUAACGGAUUCUCUCAACUGGAGGGAGUGGAGGUUUGCCCAGUCGAUACUUGGUCAUAUAGCACUGUGUCUCUCUGUUGGGCAUGUACUUGUCAUGGGGGCCCCUGGAUGGUUGGCUAAACCGCACGUUCUAUACAAAUCAAUCACAUUUCUCUGUUCGAUAAUCCCCUGGUUUACGCUUGUAUUGAAGCUAAUAUUUUCGCUCCCAUGCGUGGACAAAUACGUCAUGAAAAUACGAAAAGGCUGGGAGCGAAACGAGGACUCUUGUAAAGCAAAAUGCAUGAAACAGACGCACAAGGGUUACGUCGAAAUGAGUACGAAUGGAACUAUGGUUGAGGUUCCAUCGUGUAUGGAGGCGUGUCCCUGCCCCGGGGACACAUAUCCCAUGGAGACCCUCAAAGGCAGAUGUGACUGUAGUGCCCCUAGACAUGUAUGAUUCGCUUUCCGGCUACGGAUCACGAUGUUGUUGUUGAUGAUGAGAGAUAUAUAUUUUAUCGAACAAUGUUCUAAUUGUCUUGUUAAUAUUUUGAAUGAUUUGCUGUUGUAUAUUUUUGUUUGUUUGUUUUCAAAUAAACCGUCUUAAUCAA